AUGGACUUGCGAGUCAAGAGGCGGCAUGAACAAGGGGCAUGCCGGUGCACCCAGGAAAUGUAUAGAUAUGUCCGUCGACGAUGCUUUGCUCGGAGGCGUCUGCCGCCCGCAGUAGUGGCUUGUGCGGUGGUGGGUGCUCCCGAUGUCUCCCUCUUUAGCGGCCCUGGCCUGCUAGGGCCCCUCGCAUCUCCAAAGCGGAAAUUCGUUGCAGUCGGCUUCCCCACAUCCAGCGCCGCCUGUCUAUUAUCGUUGAGUAGUGCGCCGCCCUCUUGCCCCAAGCACGCCUUGGUCGCCGUUUGUUGCGCGCAUCCAUCAUCAUCAUCAUCAUCAUCAUCAUCAUCAUCAUCAUCAUCAUCACCAUCACCACCCACUCGCUGCCACUGCUCACCUCCCCGAAAAGGAUGCGCCCGCCCAUAG